CAGCUGUGGCUGCAUCCUUUGCAGCAUCCUGGAGUGCAGCUAAGAUGACUGUGUGAGAGUAUAGAGAAAGAUUUCAGUGGAAGAACAUACAUUAGCAUCUGGGGCUGCAGACAUGGAGAGGUCCGGCGGCAAACUUUUUUGUUGUAGACAGGUGUGCCACAGGGUUCCUGUGGCCCACAGAGAGGAACUGUACCACAUCCUGAAGAUGACAGGGCCUCUGCUGCUCUCUCGAAUCCUCAAUUACCUGCUUCCGUUUGUGGUUACGAUGUUCUGUGGCCGUCUGGGAAAUGACGUGAUGGCUGGCUAUGGAUUAGCUUCUGCUACAAUUAAUGUUACCACUGCAGCAACAGGAUAUGGUCUGGGACUGGCAUGUGAUACUUUGGUGUCUCAGACUUUUGGUGCUAAAAAUCUACUCCGGGUGGGCGUGAUCCUUCAGCGGGGCAUAAUCAUCCUCUUGUUGUUCUGUCUGCCUUGCUGGGGUCUCCUCAUUAAUGCUCAGGCCAUCCUACUAUGUGUGGGCCAGGGCCCUGAGGUGGCCAGAAUAGCCCAGCUGUAUAUUACUGCCUUCCUUCCUGCUGUACCAGCAAUGUUUCUACAUCAUCUUCAGGUGUCUUACCUGCAGAACCAGGGAAUAAUACUGCCACAAAUGUAUAGUGCUGCUCUGGCAAACAUUGCAAAUGUGGUGACAAACUAUAUUUUUAUUCACUGGCUGGAUCUGGGUGUUGGUGGCUCUGCAGCUGCAAAUACUCUGUCUCAGAUUUACAUCUGUACUUUUCUGUUUGCUUACAUUUGGUGGAAGAGGCUUCAUGUAACAACAUGGGGAGGCUGGUCUGUAGAAUCACUGCAGGACUGGAGCUCCUACAUGAAGCUGGCUAUUCCCAGUACAUUAAUGAAAUGCUUUGAGUGGUGGGUUUAUGAGUUUGGGGGAUUCUUUGCAGGAAUGCUGAGCGAAAAUGAGCUGGCAGCCCAGCAUGCUGUCAUGAUGGUGGCUGUCAUAACAUAUAUGUUCCCUCUUGGUAUUCAAGCUGCGGCAUGUGCCCGGGUGGGUAAUGCUCUUGGUGCAGGAGACACUGGCAGAGCACUCCUAACUAGCAAGAUGUCCCUGACUCUUGCAGGUGGCAUUGCAGUUGUAGAAGGCCUUGUCCUUGGCUCCAUCAAAACAGUGAUUGGCUUCGUCUUCACGUCAGAUGAGAAGAUCAUAGGUCUGGUCUCACAGCUGAUGAAUGCUUACUGUUUCCUUCAGUUCUUUGAUGGUCUCGUGUGUGUGUGCACAGGUAUUUUCUUAGGCACAGGGAAACAGAAGAUUCCAGCUGUGGCUAAUUUCAUUGGAUACUACUGCAUAGGGCUUUCUCUAAGUAUCACGUUGACAUUCGUUGCAAAACUAAGAGUGUUGGGUUUCUGGCUUGGACUGCUUGUUUGUGUCAUUUUACAAUCUACCUUCUACAUUAUUAUCAUCUUUAAGCUGAACUGGGAGCAAAUCACCGAGAAGGCUGUGAAACGAGCUCAGAAAAAUCCUUCGUUAUUAGGAAGAGCUACCGUGACAGGCACUGUGGAUAACAGCACCCAAGAUCAAACAUCAAGUAAUCUGAUGGAUGGCUAUAUAUCUGUGAGCACUGAGUGCCAAGAUAGGGGCACUGUGGUGCAGGAUCGAGAUGUGACACAGAAGCUGAAGGGCAGCCGCCUCUCCAUCACCCAACUGAUCCUCAGGCGAGGCCUCAUUAUGUUUGCUGCAGUUGCACUUCUUGCUUUGGGAGCAGGUGUUCACUUCCUUGUGCCUUUGCCCGAGACCAACUCUACUGUUGACUCGAUCAACACUACAUAUACUCCUGAUCAAAUUUUCUCCACCAUGUUGGUGCCAGAUGAAGAGUCAGAAUGAACAAUAGAGAACUGCAAUGAUUCUGUUUAAUGUCAGAAGAACAGAGAAUCUGAGGUUGUCUUCUCAAACCAGUUUUAGUUUGACUUGUUUGUUUCUGCAAGGUGUUGUAAACUGAACACAGCAAAUUUGCCAAAUACUCAUCAUGUUUAAGAGUAAUAUAAUGCUCGUUCGUUGAUUAAUCAAGAGACCAUUCAUUCAUUUCCUGCUCGUCUGCCUUUGUGCCUGCUUGUGCCAUCUGUUACUGCCUGCUUUGCAAUGCAAAUGCUUGCAUAGUGCUGAGACCUCCCAGAAAAGCAGCACUGGAGACUCUGGAGUUAUUUCACUGAACGAGACAGACAUUACUCGUGUUCAGGUAGCCAAGUUGGUGAUAAGUAGGUUCAAAAUAAUACCAACAGCCAAGAUGAACAACAUGAAAGCUAGAGCCAAGCCCCUACGCAGAACCAGAGUCCUGAAA